AUGCCUUAUUCAAAAAAUGACAUGCAUAAACCCGUUGUUAUUAUUUUUAUCAUAUUUUUAUUUUUCACACAAUUUGUUAUAAUUACAUGUAAUAAAAAUAACAUAUUGAGGGAUCCCCAUUUUCUGAAGUGUAAAAAAGCAUUGCAUCUGCAAACAAAAGAUAAAAGGAAAACAACAACAUACUCCGCUUUUAUAUACCCAUAUAAUAAACUUUACAUAAAAAGCAAUGAAAAGGUGCAUAAAUUAAAUGAUGAUCUUAAAAACAUAAUCUUAUUAUUUGGAAGGAUAGCUGAACCAUACUAUCCUCAUACAAUAGAGCAGUUUAAUGAUUUUAAAGAGCCAUACAGCAAGUAUAUAUAUACGGAUAAUAUAUAUAAUUCAACAAAAUGGACAAAUGUUUUUAAGGAUAAUGAAAAGAUUAAUAAAAAACAGUUUUAUCAAAAAAUAUGUCAACUUAAAUUUAAAUGGCCAAUUAAUGAAGAUGAAAAUAUCACAGAGCAUGAUUUUUACAACUUAGUAAUAGAAAGAUGCUUAAAUAAUAUUAACAUAAUACGAAAUAAUAUACACAACUUAAAAACGCUUUUUACGCAAAUUUUACAAAAAAAACAAAUAUAUAAUGAAACUAAUGCAUCUAUAGAUAAUAAUGAAAAAGAUACAUAUAUCGAAAAAGAAAAAUUUUCACGUGCUCAAGAUUUAUACAACCAAUUGGAAAAGGAAUUAUUUACAAGUUCUACAACAGAUGAAGAAGAUAUCUCAUCAUCAGAAAAAAAUAUGCAAAUACAAAAUGAUGUGAAAAUGAAAAUGAUGGAAGAAUUAUAUAAAUUUAAUCUAAGUGACAUGUUUAAACAGCAUAAUAGAUCCUAUACUAGGUUAUUAGUUAAUGAGUUGUUUACUAGAGAAUAUCCAUCAAAAAGAAUAACAGAUAUGUUUUUAUAUUUAAUUUUUCAAAAAGAUGUAGAAGGAUUUUCUUUUGAAGAAUUUCUAAUGCAUCUAAAUAUAUUAGGAAAGAAAAUGCUACUAUAUAACUGCAACCAUGAUUCAAAUAUAUAUUUUGAUCGUUUUUUUUUCUUAAUGAAAAAUGAAAUUAAAAAAAAGCCAAAUCAUAUUAAAAAAAAAACACAGAUCCCUUUUUCAGAUUCGAAAAUUAUAAAGACAAAAAAGGAUUAUACUAUUAAUAAAAACUCAUAUUGUGAUACCAAAAAUCAAAUAAAAAUUACAAAAAAUAAACCUAAUCAUAAUAUUAUAUCACAAACAGGAGUGAAAAAAAAAAUAAAACCACACCAAAAUAUCACAAAUCAAGUAUUAGAAAAUGAUCAAAUGCAAAAUAUAAAUAACCAGUCAAGUUUUUUACUACCACAAAAUUUAGACAAUCAAAUAGAUGCUGAUCACAAUGGAAGAACAGAGAAUAGCAUUCAGACAAGCACACAAAUCGGAAAGAAUUGUUUAAAGAGUAAACUAAUGUUUACAGUUAAUUAUAUUUUAAAUGCGAUCAAAAAUAUUUUUUAA